AUGGCGACGCAGGGCCUCUUCCCUGUCGUCAUUCUCGAACAUGACGGCGGCGGCAGUGCGGGAUCUGUCAAGGGUGUCACCAGCUUCGCAGCGCAGUCCAAGCCCGCUCUUGGCAUCGCGUUAGCGGCGAACAUCGGUGGCCAGAGAGGCUCGCCCAUCUCGUCCCCACAGAAUCUGAUCGCGCUCGACUGGAUGGACCCCAAGCUCGACCGGGGAUCCUGGUUCGCGGUCUCGAUCGCGGUCUCCGUGAUCUCCAUCGUCCUCGUUUGGCUCCUCCUUCUCGUGAGCUACCGCCCCGCGCGCUCACCCACCAGCGACGGAGAGAUCGCGAUCAAGCCGGUCCGCGCGCCCAAGGAGCACGGCCACGGGAAGCAGUGGUGGGUCACCUUCGUGUGCCUCGUCACCAUCAGCCUCUGGUGCGUCGCGCACUCGAUCGAGGGCGUGCUCGGGGACAUGGGCGUCAUCGCAAUCAUUCUCAUCGUCGUGUUCUUCUUGACCGGGGUGCUCAAGAAGGACGACUUUGGGCAGUUCCUGUAA